ACAUACAAGCUAUUAUUUACAAUUUAUAAAUCGUAAGAAAAAACGUUUCCAGCUGUUUAUUUUUGCCUAUCUUAGACGGCUAAGGCAUGCUUAAAACCUUUGCAUUUUUCAAACGUUCAGCUCAAUACAAUCAGAGUCAUCAAAGGGGCAAAAAUAAGUGUUGAUUUCUUGUCAAAUUUUAUUCUGAAAAAAAAAAAGUGUAAACAAAAAUCGAAAAAUAGAUUUUGAUUUCAAACCUGGUGAUCAAGGAUAAUGAAAACUUCAGUGGCAAAAAAUUAUACUAACUUCUUACUUAGUGAUUAUAAAGUAUAGUGCCAAUCGAGAAUAUUGCGUUUUGCAAAAUGUUGAUGAAGGUCUAUCCUCAAAGAAAUAAAAUCAGCCUUCUUGCUUGUGAAGUUAACUCAGACAACUAUUGAAACCAGAGUUUCCUUAGAUCAUAAUCAAGAAGUUUACUGUUCUACUCAAGUAUGUUGAGAUUAUAAAAUCAAGCUCAUUGUGACCCUAUAAAUUAAACAUUAACUUUGCUCAAUUCCUUGCAAUUAGUAACUUGAAUAUGAAAAUUCUGAAUAAUGGAAAUUAUUAUAUUUUCUUUUACAUAAAAUUUGGUAUUUCUGAAAAUCAUGACUAUUUAUAUUUUGUUACUUUUGGAAAAUGUUAAGCAAUGAAAUAUUAGUUCAGCAUUAAUUAGCUAUUUUUGUUCAUGGCUUAAAACUAUUGUACUUAUUGAAAUAACUAAAAUUCAUUUGCGACUGGUGUGAGCUGAAAGAAAAUUUAAAAAAAAGCUUAAUAUGUCAAUGUUGUGAUGAUUCCUUUUCUAAUCAAAGGAAUCUAACAAAAACAUCUUCUAACUUUUAAAAAUCAUUCUAUUAAAAUUGAUCAUCAAUCUAGAAUCAUGUGUGAUAAAAAAUUUAAAAAUAAACUUUCUUUAAUAGAUCAUAGUAUUGUUCACAGUGAAAAAAAGUAUUUCUUGUGCAAUGUAUGUAACAAAAGUUUUUCAUGCAAGAUUACUUUAUUUAAUCAUAGUAUUAUUCAUAGUGGUAUAAAACCUUAUUCUUGUAAUGUGUGUAAUAAGAGCUUUACUCAAAAAUCUCAUUUAAAUCGUCAUAGUUUCUUUCAUACUAAUAAAAAUCAAUUUGUUUGUAAUUUAUGUAAAAAAACUUUUAGAACAAACCUUUCUUUAACGGACCAUAUUGCUCUUCAUACCGGUGAGAAGCCUUUUGUUUGUGAUAUAUGUGAUAAAAGUUUUAUACGAAAAGAGAGGCUAGCUAAGCAUAGCCUUCUUCACUCAAAUAAUAGUAAAUCCUAUUCUUGUGAUGUAUGUAAUAGGAGGUUUUCAUCAACAUCUGGUUUAAAUUCCCACUAUAUUGUUCACACUGGUGAAAAACCAUAUUCAUGUUGUAUAUGCAAUAAGAGUUAUACUUAUAAAAGUAAUUUAACUCGCCACUUUCUUAUUCAUGCUGGUGAAAAAUCUUAUUCUUGUAGCACAUGUGAUAAGAGUUUUAGAAAAAAAGGUAUUUUGACUCGUCAUUCUUAUAUUCAUACUAGAGAAAAAUCUCAUUAUUGUAGUUUAUGUAAUAAAGGGUUUUCAAAGAAAAAGUAUGUGCUAAGUCACUUAAAAGUAUGCACUAGUCUUAUUCAAGCUGUUGUUAAAGUAAAAAGAGUGUCUUUAUCAUAAAACAUCAUAAGAAGACUACAAGGGAAAAUAAUUGUAUGUAAUGUGUGGGAAGACUUAAAAGCUUAACUAAA